AUGCCAUCAUAUGAAAUUACUUUAAUCACCCGGUCUCUGGCUAAGCCAGAGUUAUUCACCACGAUACGUCGCGCUGCAAAAGUUCUCCUUGAUAAUGGUGCUAUCAUCGAAAAAUUGGAGAGCCUUGGACAUCGUGAUCUGCCGCUUAGGCGAGUGAGAAAGCAAACGGCUGAACAUGUAUACACGUCAAACUAUUUUCUAAUUAAAGCAUUCAUGCCACGUGAAGUACGUGACACCACGAAUACAAUAUUGCGCAAUGAUCUUGACUUAGUUCACGUUAUCUAUAUGCACGAAAAGCCACAAGAACCGAUCCAUUGUAAUCUAGCAGAAUUGUUAAAGCCGCCAUCAAAAAGAGAAUCGGUAAAGGCUUUGCGAGACAACCAAAAAUUAGGGCAUUAUACACGACAGAUGAUUUACAAGAGAACAGAGAAAGAAUGGAAGGCUAUUCCGAAAUCUUAUCCGAUAGCAGAACCGGAGAUUCUCGAUAGAUUCAAACCUCGAAAAUAUGAAUAA